AUGCUAUUAGAUUUUAUUAAUCAAAAUCUAAAUAACUGCACAUUUAUACUGUGUUUAGGAUUAUCACUAAAUGAAGAAGGAACAAAAUUAAUCUCCUGUGUAUCUGAUCUAAAACUAAUAAUUAUGGAAGUUUCAAAUAAACAAAAUUGGAUAGUCAAAUAAAUAAUAUAAAAAUCAUUGAAGGGAUUUAGAAUUAAUUUCAUUACUAAUGAUAUAUUCAUCUUUUGA